GUCUGCACACUUCCUUGUUCCCUCCCUUUUAGAUCUACUAGUACUGUGGAUGGGAGUUAACAACAUGGUGGAGAAGUGCAGGGAGCCAAUCACUGCACUCACACAUGUUGUUUAGAUCAGAGCUCAAACUGGUUUCAGUUUUGAGGAAGUGAGACUCCGACAGUCUGCUUUUCUCAGAGAUGAAAUGGCGCAGAAAGGAGUUCAGCUGGACCAGGAAACUUUCUCUUGUCCGAUAUGUCUGGAUCUACUGAAGGAUCCGGUGACUAUUCCCUGUGGACACAACUACUGCAUGGACUGUAUUAACUCACACUGGGAUGGAGAGGAUCAGAAACCGGUUUACAGCUGCCCUCAGUGCAGGAAGAGCUUCGCAACGAGGCCUGAGCUGCUGAAAAACAUCUUGUUAGCAGUUGUACUGGAGGAACUGAAGAAGACUGGCCUCCCAGCUGCUCCUGCUGCUCACUGCUAUGCUGGGCCUGGAGAUGUGGCCUGUGAUUUUUGCAAUGGGAGAAAAAUUAAAGCCUCCAAGUCCUGUCUGCAGUGUCUGGCCUCAUACUGUGAGCAACACCUCCAACCUCAUUAUAAAUCGCCUACAUUUAAGAAACACAAGCUGGUGGAGCCCUCCGAGAAGCUGCAGGAGAACAUCUGCUCUCGUCAUGAUGAGGUGAUGAAGAUGUUCUGCCGGACCGAUCGGAAGUCUAUCUGUUAUCUCUGCUCUGUGGAGGAACAUAAAGGCCACGACACGGUCUCAGCUGCAGCAGAAAAGAGCGAGAGGCAGAAAGAGCUGGAGGUGAGUCGACUCAACAUCCAGCAGAGAAUCCAGGACAGAGAGAAAGAUGUGAAGCUGCUUCAACAGGAGGUGCAGAACAUCAAUCGCUCUGCUGAUAAAGCAGUGGAGGACAGUGAGAAGAUGUUCACUGAGCUGAUCCGUCUCAUGCAGAAAAGAAGCUCUGAGGUGAAGCGGCAGGUCAGAUCCCAGCAGGAAACUGAAGUGAGUGGAGUCAAAGAGGUGGAGGAGAAGCUGCAGCAGGAGAUCAGAGAGCUGAAGAGGAAAGACGCUGAACUGAAGAAGCUCUCAAACACAGAGGAUCACAACCAGUUUAUCCACAGCUACCCCUCACUGUCAGCACUCAGCCCGUCUACAUCCAGCAUCCAGAUCCGUCCUCGCCGCCGAUUUGACCACGUGACAGCGGCCGUGUCACGAGUCAGAGACAAACUGCAGGACGUCCUGAGAGACACAUGGACAGACGUCUCACUGACUGAAGUGGAUGUUUUACUGCCGGCAGCAGAGCCAAAGACCAGAGCUGAGUUCUUACAGUAUUCACGUGAAAUCACUCUGGAUCCAAACACAGUUCACAGACUGCUAUUAUUAUCUGAUGGGAACAGGAAAGUAACAUUAACGAGUCAACAACAGUCUUAUUCUGAUCAUCCAGACAGAUUCACUGAUCUGUGGCAGGUCCUGAGUAGAGAGAGUCUGACUGGACGUUGGUACUGGGAGGUGGAGUGGAGUGAAGGAGUUUUUGUAGCAGUCUCAUACAAGAACAUCAGCAGAGCAGGGAGAUCAGAUGACUGUCUGUUUGGAUUUAAUAACAAAUCUUGGGUGUUGGAAUAUGACACUUACAAUUAUAACUUCCGUUACAACAAAGUCCGUACUCCCGUCUCAGGUCCUCGGUCCUCCACUGUAGGAGUGUACCUGGAUCACAGUGCAGGUAUUCUGUCCUUCUACAGCGUCUCUGAAACCAUGACCCUCCUCCACAGAGUCCAGACCACGUUCAAUCAGCCGCUCCACGCUGGAGUUUGUCUUUAUUACAGUUGCUUUGGGGAUUUUGCUGAGUUCUGUCAGCUGAAAUAA